AUGCCUCCUGAAGACCUACUAACAGACGGCCAAGUCGCUGAGCUUCUGGUUAAGGAAGCCCAGGACUACCCUCUGGGAUAUUCUGCGAUGGGUCUAGAUGCAUUAAAAUCUAAUAAGCGUCCUGCAAAUCAACCUAAACCUAACACGCGAUUCCUCAACAAUAUCAUUCGCGACACCAAUAGCCAUAAUCGAGCCCUUCUUGCCAAAGAAAGCGCCGAGUCUAAGGCAAAACUUCGUGACCUCGAGGAUGCAGAAGACAAGAAGCGGAAGGAAGAAGAGCGGAGACUGCGCAAGAGCAAGCCCGGACCCAGCGACACCCGAAAGCGUAUGCUAGGUGAUAUCGCUGCCAUUCUUGGAGGAUCGUCUAAGAGGCGUAGGACUGAAAAGACCGAGACAUCUGCCAGCCAUGCUUUGGACCUAGUGGCGUCUCAUGUUGAGGGUGAUAGAAAUGUGAGAAGAGAAAAAAGUCGAAAGGACCUUUCGAGGGAACGCGAUAGAAGUUCACACCGAACCCAUCGCCGAGAUGAGGGAAGACGAGAAGACCGGCGCGAAAGCCAUCACCACCAAUCAAGGACCUCAAAGCGCACCAAGCGCCAAUCUUCCCACGACUCGUCUGAUUCGGAUCCUUUGAACGAUAUCAUUGGCCCUGCGCCAGUUAAAAACUUUACCGUUCAUCGACGAGGACGGGGAGCUAACGCCGCCACGUCUGGGAUAGACGGCCGUUUCGCUCUCGAUUAUGAUCCAAGCAAAGAUGUUACGCCCGAGCAGGAAGACGCAGAUGACUGGGACAAUGCGGUAGAAGCGUUUCGUGACCGGCAAAAGUGGAAACAACAAGGAGCGGACAGACUACGGUCUGCAGGCUUUACCGAAGAACAAAUUAAGAAGUGGGAAAAAGGCGACACGAAGGACGAAAGCGACGUACAAUGGACCAAGGCUGGUGGUUUGAGAGAGUGGGACCGCGGCAAAGUGGUUAGUAAGGACGGCACUGUGACAUUGGCAACAGGCACCGAAUAG